AUGGAAAUAGAAGACUGUCCUACGAAAUUUCUACAAUACUACAGCUACUUUUUGGACGUCAAUUUUGUCAUCACACUACUGCUAUAUCCAUUAGUGGUCUUCGCUGUGGUCCGCAAAACCCCUGUGGAGGUUCGCUUCGAAAAGGAUUUAUUGAUGGUCUCUGCGACGUUCGCAUUGUUGAUGAAUGUGGUUUUGGUGAGUUUCGUCAUCACAGAAUUCAAAAGCCAAGUUUGAGUCUGACAAUUUUUGAAAGCCACAUGUUAAAGACUAAAGACGAUAUCAGUCUGUCGGGAAAAUAAUGUGGAUUUGUCGCAGAAAAGUGUCUCGUUUCUUCGCAAUCGUGCAUCAAACCCCGGCCUCGGCUAGCCGUCGCAAAGCGAUCAUGGGAGAUUCCGAGGCGCGACGAAUCCACAUUAUUUUCCCGAUAGCCUGACAAUAAAUCAAUUUACUUUUCUACAGAUUUUUUUCUAUAUUUUUUAAAUUUAUUCCCCAAAAACUUCCUUCUUUUUAGUUCUUCGCUCAGCCAACUUAUUACAGCUUUUAUUACGGCGGUUAUAGCCUGGGGCCGAUUCAGGGCCACAGAGAGUUCACUCAGUUCGCCACCUCCCAAAUCCCCGUCCUCUUCACUUACUUUUGUCUCUCCUUCUCCAUCGGAUUCUCCUACCAGAGCCACAAGAUUCGCGUCUACAUCGGAGAGCAGCAACAGAAUUUUUUCACGUUUUUGGAACGUGGCAAUAAUUGGCUCAUCUUUACGUUUUUACUUUAUCUUCUUUGUGCCGCAACGAACACAACUCUCGUCUAUUUGCUGUAUUAUUUUUAUUCGGUGGACCCGGCUACUUCUCCAGACCUAAUGAGGGUCUAUCAGAUGCAUCCGGAUGCUCAGUUCGUUGAUAUGAGCAGCGCCACCUCGUCGAAGGCGCUGUUCUGCGGAUUCUUGUUCAUGGGAUUGGCCGCGAUUCUACACGCACUGAAAUGCAAUUUACAGGUGGGAAAUCGCUUUUUGUGCGGAAAAAAUAAUUUCUAUUGAAACAUUGCUCUCUGCUGUAGAAAUAGAGAUGAAACUUUUUAUGCCAGACCUCCAGAAAAUGUCAUAUUUUUUAUCAAAAUCUAAGCGUCGCAUUUCAAAUACUUCUCUCGUAAACCAAGAUGACGAAAGUUACGGCAAUUUGACGUCAAUUUAACAACCCUACAUUCAAGUAAUGGCAAAACGAAAGAGAACAACAAAAACGCAAGAGAUCUUUGUCGAAGAGGAUCUCGAGAUUUGAGGUUUCGCAAAAACCCCGUCUCAUGUAUGGCCAAACAAAAUAUUGGUUGGCUAUAAGUGCUCAAAAAUACAAAAAUGUAUUUUUUUGCCAUUUUUUUAGCUGAAUUUUUGUCAGUUCGGCGGAGAAAACCCCGAUUUUUUGUAAAUAGAAAUAUGCUGCGCUGAUCGUGUCGCUGAAGUGAAAAGCAAUGCGAUUUUCGAUCCGACACAGUGCUCCUUAUUUUCCCGACAGAUUAAACACGCCAUCUUAGCCUUUGUAAAUCCAAAUUUCAGAUUCUCCGCACCAUCAAGUCCACACAAUCCAUCGUCAGCCAGAAAACCUUUCGUUUGCAAUGGAGUUUCUAUCGGCAUUACGCCGUCGAAUCCGUGAUCGCCAUGCUCCUAAUGCACCUUCCAAUUGUCCUCUUCUCCCUCAAUUUUUCCGGCCUUCUACACUUGGUAUGUGGCUGUGAAAUUGGACUGGCCGCUAUGAGUUUACACUCGAAUUUGGUCAUGUGCGGAAGCUUGGUGUGUGUGACGCCGUACCGUCGAUGGAUCCUGUCGAUGGUUGGGAUCCGGGAGACGAGUCGGAUUGAUGCGACCAGCAGAGCCAGUGGGAUAGAGGCGCAACGUAACACAACAACUGCUCGUGCGGAUUCAGGGUUGAGGAGUUUGCCAGCGUGAAUACGAGUAAUGUAAAUACAUGUUAUAUGUAAUACAUGUAUAUAAAUGUAAUAAAAAAUUACUCUUUUUGUAAUUGGAUUUUUUUUUUUGUUUGAAAGAGAUUAGACCCCUGGAAAAAUCCUUUCUUUUUUAUCAGUCUGUCGGGAAAAUAAUGAGCACUUCAUCAUGACAACUAACAAUGUAUUUUUUGUGGCCAAAAACUGCCAGUCAUCGGCUCUCUUUGCGAUAGAAAUGGGCGGAAAACUAUUCAAACCCACAUUUCUAAAAAAAAACUUACAUGUUUUUACCAACUUUUUGGCCUAAAAAUAUGUCUAAGAUUUCAAAUUUCACUCAAACAAUUCGUGAUUUAUUAUUCCCCCACUCCUUCUGUCAUCCACAUUACAUUCUCUCUCUCUGUCCUUGUUUCCCUCCUCUUUCCAGUGUGUUUGCCAUUCCAAACCAUUCAUUCUCAUGCUGAACCUGGCACUCCAAAAGGACACAAAUCAAAGAGAAAGGCCGGAGAGAGCGCCGCCAACGAAGAGACGGGCAGAGAAGAAUGGGAAAGGACCUCGGUUAAAAGCGAUGGCCUUCUUUGGAGGUCGGCGUCCACUCCUCAACUCAAUGAAGGGGAGGGUAGCCUGGACCUUUUUGCUUGGAGUGGCCUUGAAAAUGGAGACUUGAUUUGGAGUUGUUUGUAA